CUCUGGGAGGUGAUGUACUUUUGAGCGACCACCAUGUCGAUGUAUCUGAAGCACUUCACAGUGGUGGGAGAUGACACUGCCCAGUGGAACAACGACUACAAGAAAUGGGAGGAGGAGGAGACGGAAGAGGAAGGAGAAGGGAAGGCACCCGAGGUUGCGGUGAAAGUCGAAUCGGCACCCAGGCGUCCAACCUUCAGAGAUGUCAUGAAGAAGCUGUUCCACUCCCACAAGUUCCAGAUCUUGGUGGUUUGCCUGGUGAUCUUGGAUGCUGUGCUGGUGCUGGGAGAGCUGCUUCUGGAUCUGAAGAUCAUUCAUCCCGACAAAGAGGAGAUCGCACCAAAGGUGCUUCACUACCUGAGCCUCUCCAUCCUGUCCCUCUUCCUGGUGGAAGUCAGCUUCAAGCUCUUCACCUACCGCCUGGAGUUCUUCCACCACAAGUUCGAAGUCCUGGACGCCCUGGUGGUGGUCGUCUCCUUCAUCCUGGACAUCGUGGUCCUCUUUCAGGAGCAUCAGUUUGAAGCGCUUGGCCUGCUGAUCCUGCUCAGGCUGUGGCGAGUGGCCAGGAUCAUCAACGGAAUCAUCUUAUCAGUGAAGACCCGCUCAGAACAGCAGAUCUCCAAACUGAAGCAAGCCAAUGUACAGCUGAGUGCCAAAGUCCAGCAGCUGGAAAGCAGCUGUGCAGAGAAGGAAAUAGAGGUUGAAAGGCUGAACAAUCUCUUGAAGCAACAUGGGCUACUCAGCCAGCCUAAACAAGAUGCCUGAAUUGGACCUGGGGUGGCCAAUCUCCUCCGUGGAUUCUAUUCUGGCCCCGAGAAGUUACUUCACGUUUACAGGGUGACCUUGGUAAAAAAAUAUCCUUUGGCACAUUUCUCAGCACGGGCGCCUUUCCUCCCAGGCUGAUGCCCUUCAGAUAGGGUGGACACUGCCUUCUGCCCUCCUCCUAGUCAUGCUCAGAGGGGGGGGGGGUUGGAGGGCGCUCGGCUGGGACUCGGCUGCCCUAGAUCUCUUUGGGAGACCCAGAGUGGUAGAAGAACAGCUUCAGCGCUAUAAAAUGACCUGUGCCGUUCUUUCUUGUACAGCCGUACAGUUUCGCAAGACUUGCUGGAAAUAAUGUAAUAAAUUCAAAUCCAUAUUCAGAGGUGGCCUCCGAUAAUUCACAAAAGCUACAGCUGUAGCAGCUGGAAGAGGUUUCUAAUGUACAGGGCAGAAUCCUUCUCCAUCGUCCCCCAUUUCAGAAUUCUUUUAUUUUUCUUGUGCCCUUUGAGCAGCUGACAUAGGGGCUCCAUUAACUAUUGCAUUUUAUGCUCCUCACAUUAUACUCGACCCUGGGCAUAGCAAGCAAAGUUCUCCAAUCUGGGGCCCGCUGAAUGCAUGGAUUUCAA